CCCCUACUGUGUCUACAUCACUUCCAAUUAUGCUCACCUCAUGAGACAUGUCCGCACCCACACUGGUGAAAAACCCUAUGCAUGUCCCUACUGUCCCUUCCGGGCAGCACAAAAGGACAAUUUAAAGAGACAUGUUCGUACUCACACUGGGGAGAAGCCCUUUGCCUGUGAUCAAUGUCCCUACACCUUCUCUGAGAAGAGCAACCUCAAGAGUCAUAUGCGAAGUCACCAUAGUUAAGGUGAGAGUGGAGAGGGAGAGGCUGAGGACGCACAGAAGGAGGCAGAGGAGCCACGGCGCCACCAGCAAACUGCACCACUGUGCCCACUGCCCUUAUUCAACCAUUGUCAAGUCCAACCUCAUUAGGCAUGUGAGAAGCCACACCGGGGAGAAGCCUUUUUCGUGCCCUCACUGCGUAUAUACCACAACAAUCAAGGACAACCUCAAGAGGCACGUCCUCACCCACACUGGAGAGAAGCCCUUUGCUUGUCCCUUCUGUACUUACCGUGCCAUACAGAAGAUCCACCUCACCUCUCACCUGCGGACUCAUAUCAACAGUGCCGGUGAUAUUUCUUUCAGCACUGGAGAGUGAUACAUAUUUAGUCAUUAGCUGUAAUUUUACAUUUUGGAUACAUAUAUGUAAUAUGCAACCUUUCCAGCCUCAAAUGAGAUAACCAAAUAUGUCAUGAUUCCUCUGAUACCUAUACACAUAGUUAUUUUCUGUCAGUAUCUUUUAUAUUUAGUUAUUUGAUUGCAAUAAGAUAUAUCUUCGAGAUUACUUCAAAGGAAAUAAAUUACUACAUGAAGAAAGAAAGUUUUUGUUCAUAAUCUGUCUCUAGGGGCCAGAAUAGGGAAUGUCUCAGUCGCCUUUACGUGUCUCACAUCAAACCAGCGUUGUGCUGGUCUCUUUACCCUCCAGUACCUGUAGUUGACUUUGAUGGAGAACUUCCUUUUUCACCAAGGUGACUUGCUCAGAAAGGCUGAAGCAGUCACCCAGUUUCUGAAAUGUUAUUAUUAUUCUUUCAGGUUUUAUCAUAUCCUCCUUUGGGGAAAAUUCCUCUGAGUGUCUGAGCCAAGCUCCAUAACCUACAGCACUUCUUAUAUUCUCUAAAAUAGUCUAUGUAUAAGACCGAGUGAGUUGUUUGUUUCAUUGUGUGGUAUGAAAAUACUUUCCUGGUCCUUUACCUAGUCUAAUGUCAGCAGUUUGUAUGCCUAGUUAUGUGUACUAGUAUAAUUGUGCAUGAUGUAUAUUUGCUAUCUGAAAUAUAUUUUCUUUACAUUUCCAUCACUGAUAAUGUUAUGUUAUAUAAUAUUAUGCAGACUUGAAUGGACAAAUUUUAAAUACAUUGAUUCUUGUAUGGCAAUAAAAUGUAAUCCUGGCAUACAGAGUACUCAUUAUUAAAACUCAUUAUUCAAACAGAAAGUGGCAUUGUUCCAUACAGCAAGUGAAUAAUUCCUUCUGUGUUCCCUUUCCUCAUUGUGUAUGAAUAAUUCCUCUUUUUGUUUACAUGCUUCUUUACAAGGCCCAGAUACAUGGCACUGUGAACCCAGUUUCAUUGCAAGUCUGAGAAGCAAAUGCUACAAGUUCUUAUGUAUGUGUAGCAUGGAGAGGCACAUCAUGCAUAAGGCUAUUGGGAGGUAGCAGAAAAAUAGCAAAUAAUUCAUAUCUUACUCACAUCUUAUUCAUCAUUACUUUUCUUCAACAAAUAUGCAUGGAAGAAGAUAAAUAAUCAAGCACUAUUGGAUUAAAUGUUGAGAAGUUGAAAGUAUCAGACUUUAAUGCAAUUGGGUAUCCUCUACAGGUGUCGGUCUGCAGCAAGGCGGCGGUGCCUGGCAGUGCUGUAGUGCGAGUGGAAUCAAGUCACUCCUCCAGCAGCAGACAGACAACCAGCUACAAAUGCCC